AUAUACGCCGCCUCCUCCCCUCCGUCUACACUAAUACACUUGGCUGCCCGCUGUCACCCUGACCUGUCUUCACCAUGCCCGGCCUGAUGCUCGGCGAGCCCUUUCCGGAUUUCGAGGCCGAUACAACCAUCGGCAAAAUCCGCUUCCAUGAGUUCCUGGGAGACUCGUAAAUGGGGUAUUCUUUUCUCACAUCCAAGAGAUUAUACGCCAGUGUGUACCACAGAGCUGGGAAGAGCAGUGAAGUUGGAACCAGAAUUCGCAAAAAGAAAUGUCCGCAUGAUUGCUCUGUCCAUAGAUUCUGUGCCGGAUCACCUGGGCUGGAGCAAGGACAUAAAUUCCUACAACUGUGAUGAGCCCACCGAGACUCUACCCUUUCCAAUUAUUGCAGACCCCAAAAGGGACCUUGCUGUAAAACUGGGUAUGCUGGAUCCUGAUGAGAAGGACAGUGAUGGGAUGCCAGUGACUGCCCGAUGUGUGUUCAUUAUUGGCCCAGAUAAGAAAAUGAAGCUGUCAAUCUUGUAUCCAGCAACCACCGGUAGAAACUUUGAUGAGAUCUUGAGGGUUUUGGAUUCUCUUCUGCUAACAGCAAAACACAAUGUUGCAACUCCUGUAGACUGGAAGCCUGGCGACAGAGUUAUGGUUCCUCCAAAUGUUCCUGAGGACGAAGCGAGCAAGAUCUUCACCUGCGGCAUUGAAACCAAAGAUUUACCUUCUGGGAAGAAAUACCUGAGAUAUACUGCACAACCAAAGUAGAUUUCUUCUGCCAAGGAAGAGGCUUCCCUGUGCUUUUUCAGAUGUGAUCUAACCAAAGGAAUGUCCUGUCUGAGUGCAGAUCACACCACAGUCCUCAUUAGAGGCUAAGUUCUACUGCACACCUCUUAAAUUCUCUAAUCCCUGUUAUGAGAAGGAUUCUAUUUUUCAAGCACUUAUAAUAAUUAUUCUCCAGCUCCAAACUUUUUUUUUUUUUGCCAAAUGUUUGCACUUGAGCCCCCUCAUAUCCCCCAAAAAAUCUCUGGGGGUGGGGGAGGUCUUGCCUCAUCAGCCGUAUGGCAAGAACACCGUGCCUUUCUCGCUACAAUGUAAUUGCAACAUGUUUUUCGCAAGAAGUCUUGUCCUGAUGACCUUUAUCAUUGUGAGCUGGCUGCAAUAUAGUUUAAUAAAUUCUCUUGUGAAGUACA